GAAUUGAACUUGGGACCUCUGGAAGAGCUGCUAGUGCUCUUAACUUCUGAACCAUCUCUUCAACCCCAGUUAAAGCUUUUUUGAUAAACCUCUAACUCAGAUGUCUGGAACUUUACAUCUCUGACCUGGAAAAAUAGGCCCCUAUGUCUUAUGGUUUAGAGCCAUACAUUUCUAGGACUGCUCGUCCAAUCCCUGGGCCUUGGCCAUUUGGGGACCUGAGACUACCAGCCCUGAAGAGUAUCUUCACUUAGUCCUGCAACCAGAUGGCUAGUGACAUUUUUAUUUGUUUUUUUUGAGACAAGGUCUCCUGGCUGACCUGAAACUCUGUAUAGACCAGAGUAGCUUCAUCCACACAGAGAUCCACCUGCCUCUGUCCUCUUGAGUGCUGGGAUUAAAGGCUUAUGUCACCAUGCCUGGUUAUUUUGGUUUAUUUUAUUUUAUUUUAACUUUUAUUUAUGUGUGUGUCUGCCUAAUCGUAUGUAUGUGCACCACGUGCACACGGAUGCCUGUGGAGAUCACAAGAGGGAACCAGAUCUCCUUGAAUUGGAGUUUUUGGCAGUUGCGAGCCCUAAUGUGGGUGUUAGAAAUGGAAUUCAGGUCCUCUGCAAGAGCAGGGUUCAAGCAGCCAUUGUUGAGCCUGCCUGUCCCUUUCCUAACCUGAAGUGCAGCAUUCUGGACACCCUCUUCUCUACUCAGUGCAACCGCUCUACAGCUCCACAGUGGCUCUUACUCCUAGAUCAUUGAAGAGGCCCAAGAUGCAGAUGCCUCGAGACUCGUUCCCCACUGAUUGGAGCCCACCACCUAUAGAAUUCCUGAACAAGAACAAGAAGGUACUUCAGAUUCACAGGAGACCACAUAAGGACUUGGAGAAGAAGCCUCCAGACCAGAAGAUAGGGCUGGCCUCACUGGAGAAACUGUUCUGGAGCAUGGCAGGUCCAAGCCAACAGGCUGUGACUCCAGAGAUUUCCUCUGGGGGCUCGGAGUGCUAUGUCAACAACUUAGACUACUUACUGCAAGAGAAGAGAGAACAGGCCAUGGAGCAGAAGUGGGAGCAGCUGCUGUGGCAGGACCGCUCCAAGCUUGACUCCUCUGAAGGUGAUGAAGACUACAGAGAGACAGUGCUCACACCUGAGCACAGGAGGCUGGUAGAGAAGUUCUCCAUAUCCGUGCAGUUCAUUUCGCCAGUGCAUCCAGGUGAAACUGUAUUUUUGCCGAGAUGUCGCCCUUUGCCUUGCAUCCUGGACUCCUCCGGUCUGAAGCCACACAGCCAGCUGGAGGAGCUGUUCCUCAGGUCCUCACUGCCCCAGCAGCUCUCCUUCCUGCACCAGGGCCUCCUGAGCAACCUCUACCUGCAUGCCUCUGAGUACCCGCGACCUCUACUCCAGUGGUUGUUCCAGCUGUUAACAUGGCCUCCAGAAACAUCUUCAAGAGCUUUUAGUCUCCUCUGGGAUCUCAGCAUAGAUGGACUAUUCCGUCAGCCUGAUGAAGACAUGCAUUUGUGGUGUCCCUCGCUGCAAGAGGUCAAGCAAGUGUUUCACAGCUUGGGAGCCUUCAACUCUGCCCUGUAUCCACGGGGGCCCUACCAGCACCACACGAGAGUGCUUGAGAGUGAGGCCAGCCUGGGCUGGCAGGAGCCACAGGACCCUCUCCAGGAAGUAGCCUUGGACACUAAGCUAAGCUACAUCUACAAGUUCCUGAUUCUGUGUUUCCUAGUCCAGCCGAGGUCCUACACGGACACCAGCAUUCUGAGCCUGAUGGAGCUGCUGUGUCACGCAGGCCUGGAUGUGGGCUUGCGCCUGCUGCCCAAGACUGACCUCCAGCAGCUCCUGCUCCUGCUGCUGGAAAACAUCCAAGAGUGGCCGGGAAAGCUCCAGGCGCUGUGCUGCUCCCUCAGCUGGGUCUCCGACCACCACCACAACCUGCUGGCGCUCGUGCAGUUCUUUCUGGACGUGACUCCCCGUGGCAGAUUACUUCGAAGCCAACUGAGCCUCACGGUUAUUGCCCGGAUGCUGGGUCAGCAAGAGGCACUUCCUCUCUGGGGAGAGAAAACCCAGCUAGCCGUACUCAGCCAUCUCCUCAGCCUCAUGAGACCAUCAUCCCUCAGGCAGUAUCUGGACGCUGAGACCCUGCCAUCCUCUCAGGGGAAACAGCCAAGGGCCAGUGCUGAGCUUGACUACAAGGUCUGCUAUCUGUGCCACAGCCUCCUGACACUGGCUGGGGUGGUGGUCAGUAGCCAGGACAUCACUCCAGAUCAAUGGGGUGAGCUGCAGCUGCUGUGCAUGCAGUUGGACCGCCACAUCAGCACCCAUAUCCGGGAGAGCCCCCAGGCCAUGCACCGGACCAAACUCAAGGACCUUGCCACCCAGACCUACAUCCGCUGGCAGGACCUGCUGGCUCACUGUCAGCCCCAGGGCCAGUACUUCAACCCUUGGAAAGAUAUUUAAAGGGAUAAUGGCUCCGGACUCCAGCAGGAAGAGAACUGUCGGAGGUAAAGAACAGAGGCUGGGGAAGACCCAGCCUGGUGAAGCCAGCCUACUGCCACUGGAGGCCUUGUCUCCCUGACCAUCCCCACCCUUAAACACGUUUGCUUGUUCAGCUAUCUCUUCUAGCUUAGGUCUUGUCUCUAUAGCGCUGACUUCCUGGGCCUCCUGGUCUCUCUUUGUUAGCCACUCUUCCCACACAUACACACACUGUAUCUUGUUUUCUCUGUCCAUCCUUAAUAUGGGGUUCCUUUGUGCACAUUAAAGUCUUACUUUCAGCA